AAAAAACGGAACUAGACCAGUCCAAAGCUACAUUCCUCAAAAAAAGGAACAGCAUUUGAGAUCGAAAUCUCUUACAGAAACAUGAGUUUUCACUUACUAGUUGUUUGUGUAUCUGUCUUUGGGUUCUUCUCAGAUGUAAAGAGCAUGAGGACACUGAAAAACGUAGCCGUAAAACGUGGAGGAUCCGUCACUAUUCCAUGUUCAUAUGAAGGGCAGUACAAAGCAAACCCUAAAUUCUGGUGCAAAGGAUACAAAUGGAAUUCCUGCAACAUUGUAGCCUAUGCUAACUCAAGCGGAAGUACAUCAGUCAUUGAUCGUCCAGCACAGAACUUGUUUACUGUGGAACUGAACCCUGUCUCUGAGUCUGGAAUGUAUUGGUGUGCUGCAGAAAUUGGGGAUAAAUGGCAAAAGGAUGACCGUGAUAAUUUGUAUUUGACGAUUAGUCAAGAUCCUGAUGUGUCAGUGAGGGAGAGCAGAGUGAGAGGUGAGGAAGGAGGCAGUGUCACAGUCCAGUGUCUCUACAGUGCUGCGUAUCAGAAGACACAGAAGCAGUGGUGCAGAUUCAAAGAUGGACAGUGCAAUACAGUGGGGACUAAAACAUCCCAGAAUUCAGCGGUGCAGUUCAGUGAUGAUGGGAGAAGAUCCUUCAGUGUGAUGAUGAGUGGACUGAAGAAGUGUGAUGCUGGCUGGUACUGGUGCAGUGCAGGAGAUCUGCAGGUUCCUGUUCACAUCAGUGUCGAUAUGGCCACGGCAGAUUCUACACGCUCCUGCAAUAAAUCAUCUAUACCACAAACGGCAAAUGUACGUAAAAAUAGUGUGGUGAGCAGGAAGAGGAACUGCUUGAGCCGCUACAGACACAGUACCAACUUCACAGAGGAGCAGGACGCAAGAAACCCUCACACUCACAUUCAACAUCACAACAAAUCUAACAUGAGCUGCUUUUUUAUUUUUAUUCUCAUCAUUUCUGUUGAUGCCAUUCAGUCAUGGAGGCACUUCAGUCUUAAACCUGGAUCAUCUGUCACCUUCCCAUGUGGUUAUAAUAAGAUAUAUAUACGACAUAAGAAAUACUGGUGCUCUGGUAAAUAUUUUCGUUCCUGCACAAUUCAGGCAUAUGCCAGUUAUACAAAGGGGAGAGUGACAGUGACUGAUAACCCAGCUGAGAGUUUCUUCACUGUGACUCUGGAUAAUCUCCAGACAAAAGACACUGGAUGGUACUGGUGUGGUGUAGAGAUAGCUGGAUCAGAUGUUAGAGAAGCCCUUCAUAUCACAGUGAAAUCAGAUCCUGAUCUGUCAGUGAGGGAGAGCAGAGUGAGAGGUGAGGAAGGAGGCAGCGUCACAGUCCAGUGUCUCUACAGCACUGAAUAUCAGAAUACACAGAAGCAGUGGUGCAGAUUCAAAGAUGGACAGUGCUGGACAAUUAAGAAGACUAAAACAUCCCAGAAUUCAGCAGUGCAGUUCAGUGAUGAUAAGAAUAGAUCCUUCAAUGUGCAGCUUAAUGGAGUGAAGAAGAGUGAUGCUGGCUGGUACUGGUGCAGUGCAGGAGAUCUGCAGGUUCCUGUUCACAUCAGUGUCACUGAUCCACCUCCAGUGACUACAACCACUCACCAAGUCAGUACUUCCAUAUCUAUCUCGAAGCACAAUUCAGCAGUGUCUGUGGAUUUAGUUCCCAGCAGUGAUGAAACCAUUGGGAGUGGGACCCUGAUCCAUUGGUACCUGCUGGCCCUUCUUUUGCCACUGGUGAUACUGGUCAUCAUCAUCUGCAUGCUCAGAAAGAAAUGUGAAGCAGAGAAUCAAACCAGGACCAGAGAGAGGAGCAAUGACACCACUGUUCCCACACCCACUUUUACAGAUGAACACUCCAUUACAUACACCACUGUGGCUGUUCCUAAGCCAAAGGGUAAGAAAAACCCCAUUUGGACAGAUGAGUCUAUUGUGUACAGCACUGUGGCAGAUAAACCAAAAGUGUCUCCAAAUGAUGACCCAUGAUGAAGAGAGCUUCACUUACUGUUUGGAUGGAAGGAAACUGUGUGUGGUGCCUCAGGGAUCUCUACUGGGUCUCGUGUUCAUCCUCAACAUCUUUACAGACAAAAUCCCAAUCAGGACAAGGACAACAUUCCCCACACUCACACCACAGACUUACAUCACAGUCACAUGACCCUCAGUCAUUCAGAAAAGACCAGUUUCCUCACUGUAGCUAUCAGAUUUCUCUCAUUUACUUCUGUACUUUAAUUUUUUUUUAGUCUUUUGCUUCACUUGGGAAAUCUGAAAGGUAGCUCUCAUCAUUUUCAUGGUGUACAGCCCUUAAAUACAAGAUUAGCGUACAACAUAACACACUGGAGAACCCACAAAGCUUAAUGAGUAAAAAUGUGUAAGAAAACCAUGUUAUGUUUGUAUAUUAAAGCAUACUAUCAUUACGCUCUGCUAUGUUAUUAUUAUGACUGCCCAGUGAAGUCAGUGUUAAGUAUGAGUGAUGGUUGGGAAAACCCUUCAACUGGUAAAAUUUUUUAUUAUUGAAUUUGAAAUGUUUCUCUUUUCAUAAUUAAAGAAAUAAUUCAAGAUAAUGGAGAACAACCAUCAUGGACAUUCUGAUAAACCGUGCUGGUAUCUGAUUACAAUCUGAAUCGAUUAGGCUUAUGACCCGGACCAUUCACUGUGGGAGAAUAUCACACUCAAUCUCUAGGCAGUACGACUUACACCGUGUUUAUUAAACUGGUUCGUUAACCAACAUGAACCAUGAAUGAAAUUACACAAUAUAUUUAUGAUUUCUAAAGGUUCUAAAAAUUGUUUGGAAUUGUUCUGGUUAAAAGAUCUAACCAGAAAAAUAUAAACUUAACCAUAACGUGCCUUUUUUUGUGACUUUUUGCCAGAGUGACAUCUGAUGGGUUUUCCCCAAAAUUUCACAUAUAGUGUAUGACACUGGAGCAUGACUGCCUGCAUUUCUAUACAAAAAAAUCUAAAAAAUCGAUUCAUUUUCUUCACUUACAUUUGCAUAUAAAUGCAAGACAUUUAUAGUGCUACAUAUACUGUACAUGUCUAGCAAAAAUGUGAAGCAUUUUAAAUGUUUGGCUUAAAACGCAAUAAUUUAUGGCUUUUUACAGUGUGACUGCUUUUGGUCUUG